AUGUCUGAUUGUGUGAUUAAAAAAAUAAUAGAAAGAUAUUUAAAAAGUAUAGAUGAAGAUUUUUUAAAUCUUGUUUUAUUUACAAAAUAUACAUCACUUUAUGAAUACAAAAAUGAAGAAUGGGCUUCUUUAGAUAUUUAUGGGACAUUUGUAUUAUACACCAGAAAAGAAGAAGAUUUACAAUUAACAAUUUUUAAUAGAAUUCGUUUAAAUGAUUUUACAAUAAAAAUAAAUAAUUUGACUAAGGCAAAAAUACAUGAUGAUAUACUUACUAUACUAACAGAUAAGAAAGAAACAUAUGGUAUUUGGUUUAAUGAUAAAAAUAGUUUAUUUGAAGUGUAUAAAAAAAUUAAACAGUUGUAA